AUGACUGGACGCGGCAAGGGCGGAAAGGGUCUCGGCAAGGGUGGUGCCAAGCGUCACCGAAAGAUCUUGCGAGACAACAUCCAGGGUAUCACAAAGCCUGCUAUCCGACGUCUCGCUCGUCGUGGUGGUGUCAAGCGUAUCUCUGCCAUGAUCUACGAGGAGACCCGCGGUGUCCUGAAGACCUUCCUCGAGGGUGUCAUCCGUGACGCCGUCACCUACACUGAGCACGCCAAGCGAAAGACCGUCACAUCUCUCGACGUUGUCUACGCCCUGAAGCGACAGGGACGUACCCUCUACGGUUUCGGUGGUUAA